AUGCGUCGGUUUUUCGUUCUUUCUUUGCUUACUGCGGCGCUGGACGUCGCGACCGGUUUGACUGCGUCCAACCUCGAAAAGCAUGUUGAUGUGCUGGCACUCAACUUCAACUUCAACCCCGUCAAGGCUGCCUACUGGACUAACUACCCUCACCACCGCCGGACUCCUUUUGCUGUCUCGCCCGAUGGCAAGACCGCCUAUCUCGCCUAUCUUGAUUCGAGCGAGACGGACGUGCAUGUCCAGCAGCUGGAUCCCUCUACCUUUCAGGCUACAGGAACCACGGUUACGGUGGCCGGUGGGAAGGAAGCCGGUGGUCUGAUUGCUCAUAAUGAUGGCUUUGCCUUGCUGACCAACGAGGCUAUGCCUUCCGGAACCUCCAAUGCGCCCCCAUCCAACACUCCAGUUCCAGUCCUCUACCGCUACACCAACGGCAAACAAACAUGGAAGACCUGGCUCGGUGGCCCUGGGGUGCACGAGGCUGACGGUCUAUCGGCGUCUCCCGACCUCAAUGGCGAUCUGGCCUACUCCGAAAGCGCAAAGAUGUACGGCGCCUAUUUCGUCGUCACCGACUACGCCGGCUGGGCUCAGGGCCACUUCGGCGAUAGCAUUCAGUACGUGUCGGACAAGGGAACCCUCGAGACGAUUUCCGGCGCCAGCAGCUCCUGGGGCUGCAGCCACAACACCGGCAUUGCGUUCGAGGCGGCGGACGAGCCCCCCUUUGCCAGCAUCUGCGCCGAGGACCAGGGCGCCAUCUGGCUCAACACCAAGACACACGGAAUGUCUAAUGAUGGAGUCAAGAUCUCCAAUGAGAACACCACAAAUGGAGGCUCGGGUGAGCCCAUGGGCGGUAUGUCCGGCAGCUACAGUGCUUUGGCCCGGUUUGCCAACUCGGCCCGCUACAUCUUCGCCUGGGUGUCUCGGGGCGCCAUGGACGUGACGGAGAACAGCUGGAUGGGUGCCGGCUACACUCACGUGAAUAACCGGACAAACGGCCGCAACGUCGCCAUCGCUCUUUUCACCGACAAGUACACCAAGGUCGGCGCUCAGGCAACGUCUCAGGUGGGUGCCGAGGAUGGCGACAGCCAGGUCACCUGGAUCACCAACGGCUCGAACGACUGCUCGAACGCGCACGCGGCUACCUUUGGCACUGACUCGGCUCUGAUCACCUGGGAGGAGAUCUCGAAUCCUACCUGUGACUAUAUCGCCAUGGGCUGCCGUGGACAAUUUGCUGGUUCCUUCUUCCAGCAGGUCGACUCGAGUGGAAAGAAGGUUGGCGAGGCUCUCACUAGCACCGAUACCUAUGUGGCGGGUGACAUGGUAACCAUGGCCGAUGGUCGUGUCUGCUGGCCCUAUGUCAGCAUGACCUGGGAUCUGUCCCAGCCUGUCGGCUUCUCGUCAACCACUACCAAGAAGAUGAGCUUUGCUUGUAUCUCUCUUGGCGGGGCAUCCUCUUCAUCCAAUUCGUCUUCUGGGGCUUCUGCUGCAUCGUCUGCCUCCUCUGCUCCUGCUGUUGCUACCCCUGCAGCAGGAGCUUCAGCUGUUGAGCAUGCUGCGGCUCCCGCUGAUGCCUCCUCAGCUUCUUCUUACUCUACCGUUGCGACAGAUGCCAACUAUGCCAGCGAGACCACGGCUCAGGAUGCAGCCGUGUCGUCGGCAAAUGCGGAUACGGAGCCAGCUGCUGAAACCCCUGUUGCCCAAGCCUCUACCGCUCCAUCGGGCAGCAAAGGGUCUCACGGUCAUGGACACCGAAAGCACAAGCACCCCGCUUCUAGUUGCCAGGCGAAAUAA